AUGUACUCCAACAUUAGUCGCACAAUGUGGCAGCAGCCCACACCCCUCAAACGCACAUUGCCAACGCCCCAAUCUCAGACCUCUAUUCAGGAGAUGCAGCAGCAAUCGUUUCAAAGUGGCUGGACCAAGGACACCAGCAGUGGUGUCGGCUACAGCACAGGUACCAAUCAGGAUCAACGCGUGUACGUCUUCUCACCAACGUUAUCUUCAGUGCCAACUUCAUUGCCUCCCUACGUAUGGACGGACGAACAGCCACCAUCUGCUCGAACCAACCAGUUUCUGCCUUCACCGACGUAUCCGCUCCCUCUCAUGGCCGUCUCAGAGCUCGACGUCCGAGCGCAAGGUAUGCAACUGCAAAUCUACCAGAAGUCACAUGCGCAGACAGUUAUCCAUCGCAGCAAGCAGAUCGCAAUCGGCCGCUGGAACAGUGAAGAGCAUCAGUGGUUCCUUAAGGGACUCAAUAUGUUUCAAGUACCAGCGUGGAGCGAGAUAGCCCGCCUCAUUGGCACACGAACGCCAACCCAAGUGCGAACCCAUGCCCAGAAGUUCUUCACCAAGCUGGCGAGAUUUAACCAAACGAUGCCCUACUUCGAGGUGAAAAUACAGAAGGAGCGAGCUCGACUCGUGGAGAAAGGAGCUAGCGUCACUUCUACUGCUCAGAUUGCAUCCAAUGCAUCCCUGUCGGCCACUCUGUCGCCUUUCAAGCAUUUAACUAACAACAGUCCUCGACAGUCUCUCAUUCAGUUUAAGGAGAAGACGUCUCCGACGCUCCAAGCCCAAUAUCCGCAGAAAACUCACGACAUCAAGCCUCGACUCUACGCUGACAGUGCGGUACGAUACUCGUCGAUGAUGUAUCCAUUGUUAGCCAAGGAAUGGACGCAACAAUAA